AUGGCUAGGAAGAGAAAGCAACCUAUUGAUCAAGAACAUGGUCUUGAAAGAAACAUGGUUUGGGACGGGAUAGUGACCGAGGCAGAACUGACUGCAGCGUUAGAUGGUCCCCACCGACCCAGAAAGAAAUUUGUGGGGGUCCGGCAGCGACCAUCUGGCAGAUGGGUUGCAGAGAUUAAGGACACCAUACAGAAGAUUCGGGUAUGGUUAGGAACUUUUGACACGGCUGAGGAAGCAGCUCGAGCCUAUGAUGAAGCUGCUUGCUUACUCCGUGGGGCCAACACACGCACGAAUUUCUGGCCUUGUCAACCGUUUUCAAUGACCCCUGCCCUUCCUUCCAAAAUUACAAGCCUUCUUCUGCGUAGGCUUGAAGCUAGGAACAGAUGUUUAGAAGUUCCUACUUUGACACAUAAUACUUCUGUGCUAAAUGUCAAUCAUCAUGAUGAUGUAAAGAAGCCAAAAGAAGUCAAGGAUGAUGUGGUGGAGUUCUCGGAUACGUUCUUUGCUGACUUUAUCAAUGAUCUGGAUCGGUAUCCACCAGUCAAUGAUGCAAGUGAUGCUAACUGCCACACAAAUUUUGAGUCAUGUAUACCCAUUAAUGUGGAUCAUUUAGUAGAUUCACAUUCAAGUGGAGACACAAAUAGUGGGAGUGAAUCUCAAGACAAGGAAGAAGACAGGUUUGAUUUUAGUUUUAUUGAUGAACUUGGAACUGCUUCCAACUUUUCUCCAUUUGAGAUAGCUCAAGAAAUAGCAUUAGACGCCGUGGGAGAAGAAGAAGAAGAGCCAUUGACAAUAAGUGAAGCAAUGAAAAGGAUGAAAUAUGAGCGCAAGUUUUCAGCUUCUCUUUAUGCUUUCCAUGGGAUACCCGAGUGCUUAAAGCAAAAACUUGGAGGGCGGUCAAAAAUGCAAAGAACUGGUCAUGGAGCAAACGAAGAAGGCAAUAAGGACGCAGAACGUGUGGUACUAGAAAAUCAGGGAACUGUAAUGGGUUCGGUUUCCUCUUCAGGUGACCUUGUUGAUGCAGAAUUGUCGCUAUGGAGCUCCCUUGAUCUUCCUGUCAUUUGCUAUGUAAAUUAG